AUGUACACUCCAUAUCUAGCUUUGUUAAAGCUCUGUGCAACUUAUCUUGAAAGUGUCUGUAGCCUUCGACUCGACCGCUUGAGAACGAGCGGGUUCCACUACCCAGUAUUAUUGAGUAGAUCACUGCCCUCUCCCAAACUCCCUUCGGAUACCUCAGCGAGCUCUGGUAGAGCAAGGUCGGGCAAGAUAAAACUUGGCGGAGCCUCACCCCGAGCCAGAACGGUCGAGAGGAGAGAAAGCGGGUUGUACAUGCCCUGUCUGGUGGGCAUACUCGCGGCCUUGCUCCCCUAG